AUGCAGGUAGAAGGAAGUUUAAGUGGUUCAUCCUCGCCUUGUGGGGCGCUACCACUUCUCGUGGAUUUAAGUGAUGGUCUCGCAUCGCAGAGUCUGUGUCGUGCGAGAAUGUACGUGAAUUUUCUCACAAACCUCCCGCCUCAACCACAUCCUUUUGGUAUUUUCCUUGAAGAGGCAUCACGUUUAAAGACUGCAUCAGCUGCAGGAGAAGAAGGAGGAAGAAUGACGACAUCAUCUUCUUUGAACGAUCCCAUGAUGACAUCAGAGACCAGUGAAGAAAAAAAAGGAAAAGCGGCAUCUAACGAGGAUGAUGUUACACCUUCGCUACUUGAUGCGCUUCGACAGAAACAUGGUUAUUCUUCUGGUUCUGCUCUGUACCGCAUGUGGGUUCAGCAAACGCAGGAUUAUCUCUCCAUGAUGGCCCAGCGGAUAGCAGACGCCGUCUUAACACAUGCAAUUCCAUUAGUUGUGGAUGAAAAGCAAAAGGACCCACAAUCAUCUCAUCUCGCAUCCAAUGGCCAUAAGGAGAAUAAGAAAAUGGGUGUAAUAUCCGAGGAGAGUCCUCAAUAUGACAUUCACGUUCGUUUUCUCCCCUCUCCUGCCCCUCGUGCGGUAAUUGAUCCAUCGCUUGCGCAGGCCUUCUGUGCGGAGAUCAUUGUGCGGGAUGUGGCGGCACUGCGCCGACGUGAAUUGGCGGCAUCGCUCCUGCGGGCGCGUUACACGGCGGUGGCGGCGGAGGGACAAACAGUGCAGAGCGCAUUGGCCUUCUGGCGCGCUGUGCAGAUGGAUGCGGCAGUGGAGGAAGAGGAGGAGGAGGAAGAUGGGAAUAAACGUGAGGAUAAAGGGGAGGAAUAUAAUGAGGAUGGAGGAGGAGAAGGAGAAGGUGAGGGAGAGAACACUAUGGCGUUAGGUAUUAGUACUUCUUCAGCGGUGGUGCUUGGCCGCUGCAGUGAGAAGACAGCCACCGUCCAACAGCUUCCUGCUGGGCCGUAUGGGGAAGGAAGUAAAGAUACCGAUGGAAUAGACGCAGAAGGGAAUGAGGAGAAGUGUGCGUGGGUGCAGCCACAGAUAAAACAGGCAAGACGCUUUCAUCAUACGCAUCCUUCUCCUCUUCACGGUAUGUCACAGAAACGACAUCGCGUGACGAUAAACGACACAACAACAUCAACAACAGAGAUAACGAAAGCACCACUGCAAAGUACAGCUGGGCUUAUGGCUGUAUUUUACCUCGCAACUAACGGCGUACUUUAUACCGGUACUGUAUGUGGUUUGCAGAAGAGAGGCACACAAGUACAAAAACCACAUCAAUCCGAAACCAGUACGGUGGAGAAAAAGACGGAUAACAAGAAGUGUAGUGUAGAUGAAAAACAAGUGGAGGAAACACCUGUAACUCGAGAUGCGAAGUCUGUAUUUUUUCUUCCUUGUGCCUCUAGCUCAAGUUUUCUUCGUGGACUUCUUGGUCUCUAG